AUGCCGUCUUCGCGUUGGGGACUGGAUGCUCAGACAACCGAACGAGCUGUUCUCGGCCAGGACGAUGCAUUUGCUCAUCCAACAGCUGUUCAAAGUCUUGUAACUCUGGGUUGGGUGCUUGAACCUCAUCUUCUUCCCCGAAAUCAAGAUCAUGGUCGGGAAACUGACCAUGACGUCACAAUGACGGCAACCCUAGCCAUGGUCUUCAAGUUGAGAUAA